CAGAUGAUUAUUUUUUUUAACUCCUCCUUUAGCCAGGGACACAGGUUGACGGCAGUAUAACAGCAGAUCAUGACGUCAAGGAAAAAGUCAGACCUGUGGUAGAGGAGGCCUAAUUUUAACCUCAUCACUUGUCACAGUUUUUGCCACAUCGCGACAACUGCUGUUGACGUGUGAACAGUUUUCACCCAAAGCGUACGAGCAUGGAGGUCACUUUCAAAGAGGGGAUGCUGCAUCUUCAAGGGGCCAAGUUUGGAAAAAAAACAUGGCGUAAAAUCUGGAUGAUGCUCUUCAAACCCAGCUCCAUGGGUGUGGGGCGGCUGGAGUUCCGCUCUAUAUCCGACAGCGAGCAGCUGAAGGCCAGUCGACAGAAAACACAAGAGAGAAAGGUUGUGCGCUUUAGCGACUGUCUGAGCGUCACCCCGGCUGCCAAGGAGUCGUGCCCGGCUCGCUGCACGGCCUUCUACCUGAACACCACACAACACACCUACACCUUCGCCUCCACGGAGAGCCAGGACUGGAUCAGUGCCCUCUGCAGUCUUGUCUUCCAGAGGGAUCCUGGAGACUCAGAGAAAGGGGAUUUUGAGGAAGGGAAUGGCCUUACCAUGGAGGAUAAUGACCUUUACUCGUCUUGGAAAAGCGAGCCGACGCUUCCUCCUGACCAGUACAAAGUCAAGGUUCUGGGCACGGACGCGGCUAAGAGGUGCAAACUGGCCGGGGAGUAUGUGGUGUUCACAGACAGCGAGGCCUUGGAGCUCCUCGACGUCAACACAGGUGGAGUCAUCUACAGCUGGCCGUACAGACUCCUGCGCAAGUUUGGACAAGUGGAGGGGGGCUUCUGCAUCGAAGCAGGCCGUCGCUGUGAUUCGGGAGAGGGAGUGUUCACCUUCCUGACCCGUGACGGCCCCCAGAUCUUCCAGGCUUUGGCGAGGCAGUGCUCGCUGCAGAAGAAACAGGGUGCUCAACCCACCAGUGUGAAAAAAAGGCCGUCAUUUGACGCGUCCUCUGUUGCCCUUCCAGCCACGGUCGGCCAGACCGACGCUUCUCCGAUCUACAGUCUCGUGCGGGUUCGUCGUGACAAGGAGGACAGUUCCGACAGCCAAUACUCUACGAUUAAUCUCCUCCCCUCCGAGGAGAGUCUGAAGCAUCCGUGUCUUGUCCAGCCUUAUCUCUGCGGCAGCAAAGAGGAGGUGGGAGAGGAAACCAAAGAGGAGGAGGAAGAGCUGGAGGAAGAGGAAACAGAGGGCGAGGAUGAUCGGUGUCAUUCCCUUGAAGCUGUAGAUGAGGAUAGACACACAAAUGACAGCAUUUAUUACAACUGGAGGAAGACCACGCCUCCACUGAUGAGAAAAACUGAGAUCGGUGAAUUCCAGUGCAAGUACAGCGAGACCAAAAGCUACUCCUCCUCCGACCUCCAUCCUUCGAAUGAGCCCUCUUCUUUUACCCUCACCAAUGCACACCACUUUGCCUCCGCUCUACCACAAAGCCUGCAUCUCCCCCCUGCAGAUACCUACGAAUGUGUGGAGUACAACGCUCAGGCAGCGGACGGCAUGAACGACCGGGAGGAGGCCAUCGGCUCCACCGUCCCAUCUGAGCCCUCCGGCAGUUUCAAACAGAGGCUGGCAGAAAUCAUUUCUAAGGACCUGGCAAAGUUCCAGCCUCCUCUUCCGUACUGAGCCACGGCAGCCCCACCUUUUACAGCAGGCUGUUGGCUCACAGACUGACUGUUUCAAACAUGAUGAACUGUCACGCGCCAUAAUUAGGCUUCUGGUGCUUGCAGAUGUUCUGUGUGUUUUUCUGCUUUGAAAAUGGAUCUGGAACUGCACUUUUGUUUGGGGGGGUUUGGGGGGGCGAGUGGGAUUUGCAACAGCAAAAUGUGCUAAUCAGUUUUGUUCUUUGCAGCUUGGACAUUAGAGAAGCGUUGCGCCUUUUAAAGCCACUUUGCUUGACCAGGUGAUGCAGAAAGCAGUUGUUUAAAAAUAAAACCUCUAGCUGAUACA